AUGCCGGGCCUUGAAGGCGAAAGUGUCUUCAUCGUCGGCUGCUGCGAGGAACUCGGGCGCUGGAACCCUGCAGAGGCAGUGCCCUGUUUCACAUCCAGCGCGGCGUUUCCGCGUUGGACUUCCAACGUUGUGAAGCUGCCCGUCGGCAGCAGGAUGGAAUUCAAGGUGGUGAUCCGUGGCCACCGCGGCUUUCGCUGGGAAAAUGGCGAGAAUCGACUCCUGGAGGUGGGGCUCCCGAUGGCUGCAGAGGCGCACGCGUGUCGGCAAUCAGCGAAGAAGAUCGCCAUCACUUUCGGGCAGCCUGGCACCGAGGAUGCCUUUGAAUCCGAACCGGCUGCGCUACCCAUGCUGCUUGGCCAUUCGGCGGUGCACCUCGAUAAGGCCAUGGCACCCUUCAAGUCGGAGGCGGCCUCGCCCAGCUCGGGCGACGUGGAGGCUGCCCCGGCCUGCGGCAGCUCCGUGAAGGGGACGCCAGUGCAGCAGGAGGGCCGCUUCCACCUUCGUCCCAACAUGGGACCAGUCAUGUUGGAGCACGGCCCCAACAGGGAAGCUCCCGCGAUCAAGGCCGCCGAGGGCUGCACCCUGGAGCUGCGCGAGACGCACAUCCAUCUGCACGGCACCCUUGCGGCGAUUCGCAAGGCAAAGCGCGGCCUGCAGCUGUUCGUGUCCAAGACCUUCAUCUGCACGUUUCAGAUGCCAACACCAGAGGCAACGGCAGCGGCCGGCCGGAUGCUGGGCAAGGUGCCGUGGGUAUGGGACGUCAAGCUCCACGGGCACAACCUGCUGCGACUGAACGCCCACGAGGCUAGCCUGGAGCAGGUGUUCGCUUCCAUGACUUCAUUUUCGAGCUACGCUGAACUCCGUCGCCGAGACUCGCCGGGCAGCCAUCGCAGCAUCCGUUUGUUUUCGGCCUGGCGCGCUGCAAAGUAG